AUGCAUUACCUUACUCAACAAAAUAUUGCACUAAACCAAUUAUUUCAACAACAACAAUGUCAGCUACAAUUGCGACAACAAUUGCAACAUCAGCCCAAUCAAUCCUUUUUAGCUCCUCCUCCCCCUUCCCAUUUGCUUUUAACUACUCCACCAGCGUCUCCAAUGGCGGCAACUUUGGGUUAUCCAAAUCGAUCUUGCGUGUCCUGCAAACGCAGAAAGGUCAAGUGUGAUAGAUUGACACCAUCUUGUACAGCUUGUACCAAAUCAAAGCAUAACUGUCAAUACACUUCUUAUUCCCCUUCUCAACCCUUGAUUUAUGAUGAGAAUAAAUUUAUUAAUACAAGCGUCAAUUGUAACGGCAACGUUAAUAACAAUAAUAUCAAUAGUAACGAUCGCUUUUUAGAUAAUAAAUCACGAUUGGAACAACCUCAUCAAAGAAUUCAUGAAAAAUUUCAUCCAUACUAUUCUAAUCCCACAAAGUACGUUGAAUUCUCUGAACCAAUAUGUUCACCAUAUGCACUUGGAUUCAAUUCUCAAAAACAAAAUGACGAUAAUUUAAAGAAUUCUCCUCUUUCUCUUUCUCCAUCUACUACAACAACUACAACACUUGAUAAUCAAAUCCAUUCUCCAAUUGGUGAUGAUGAUAAUUGUUGCUUUGAUUCACCACCACAAACAUUACACCAACAACCUCAAUUAUUACAAUUACCUCUUCAAAUCAAUACUUCUAUGGUUGCCCCUGAAAUUCAUGUUACUCCUGAUUAUGGCAACGACUGUGACAAUAACAUCCCUUCAUAUCAAUCCAAUUAUUAUACUCCCAAUCUAAUUGCAUCUCCUGUUUCUCCAAGCACAAACGAUGGAACUUAUGAAAUUCCUUCAACAGUUAUGGAAUCCACAGUAACGUUUAAUUAUAAUUUGGACGUUUCCAAACAAUUAUUAGGUGAAUCAAUGGCUCCACUUUUACAAUCAUUAACCGACAAUUCGAUAUACCCUAAAAUACCAACAAUUGGAUUUAGCAGCUUGGAUGAGUUACAAAAUUGGAUUAGAGACGCAUUCAUUAAUCAAAUUCGUAAUAAUGACGACGAGGAAAGAUAUGAAAUUAGACAUAUUUUCACUAAUGAUCUAUCAGUUCAAAAAUUUGAAAUAAUAUCAAAUCAACCCGAAUUUAAUGUUUCCUCUCCUUCUUCACCCGAGCUUGCUAAUAACAACAUUAACAACAAUAAUUGUAAUGAAGAGACUCCAUCAGAUGCAUUUUUAAAUAAAAUAUACUCUUAUAUUCGUAAAUUCAAGAAAAAUUUACCUUGGUUAAGGGAAAACUUUUUAAGUAUCUUAAAGGCAAGUCAGCAAUCAUCUAAUAACAAUAGUUUUAGUUUUACAUUUGAUAUUGACGGAAGAUUACUUUACUAG